CGCACGCGGCGCGCGCCGCCGCCGAGCUGAUGGGUGCCGGUAUGGUCGUGGCCGACUGGCGGGCGGACGGCGGACUGAGCCACGGCGUGUUCUCGCUGCCGGGCCUGCUGGUGGCCGCCGGCCUGGCCUGGAACCCAGACACGCCCACCGAGUUUGUACACAGCUCGCUGGCCGACCUGCUCAGCUGGCACGUGCUGCGGGAGCCGGAGGGCGUCCUGGGACGCGCCGUCGUCGAGCUGGGGCGCGCCGAGACAUUCUGCCUGAGGGCGGCGCGCGGCCAGGGCCCGACCAGCGCGGCCGACCUGCCGCCGGCCGACGGCAGCACGCUGCACCGCCUGCUGGCAGAUCCCGACACCGUGCCGCUCGAGAGACUCAGUCUGGAGACGGUCAACAAAACGAUGAAGCGCGUUCGUCACUGCCUGAACACGCUGCCGUCGGCGCGGCCGGCGCACCCGGAGGGUGACAGUCUGGUGCGUGAGGUGCAUCUCACCGCCGAGCUGAUGGUCACAGCCGUCAGGAUCUGUCGGGCGCUGGUGUCGGUCGGCACCAACCCGCACAGCAACAUCGGUUUCUCCGUCAUCAACGUGGGCGUGGCCAACCUGGCGCCCACCUUCUGCACGGACACGGCCAACAAGCUGCUGAGCCUGGUGGAACAGUACCGCACGCUCUGGCUGGACCAUCACCAGCCGGCCGGCCUGCAGGCAUCGCUGCUAGUGCUCACCGCCCUGCUGCAGAAGCUCAUCCCCGAGACGGCGCAGACCGGCAGCCUACAGUAGCGCCUCUUCUGCCACCUGGUGGCAGACCCGAUCGUUGGAGGUUGCCGACGGGAUCACUAGAAAUGGUUGUGAGCGCAGUUCCGUAGCCCUCGAGCGGCCCGUGUUCUCCCAUGGGGCGCUUCGCCACAUUCCACGUCAGUGACGACAUCACCUGGAAUGGACCGCAAAGAUCGCUGGAAUUGGAAUGGAAAGAGUGGAUUGGAUGACGCUAUGGGAGUUGUCAAUGUCGUUCAGUGCCUUUUGUUGUGUCGUCGCCUUUUGCACUAUAUUUUAUAAUCCAGUGUGCGACUUCCUUGCUACCAUUUGCGGGUGGCUGUUAAUGCGUUACUGGGUUCUGCUGUUGGGUGUGUGUGUUAUCAAUGAUGAUGGCAGUCGUUUGGCUAUGGGAGUGCGUGUGGUGCUGGCGAAGUUGUUACCCGCCGUUUGGGGCAGUCUCGAUCGGUGACCCAGGAAUUAGGUGAUUUGCACGAAAUUACUACGGAGGACGAGCGAGGUUUUACCAACAAAUUUGCAAAGUGCAUUGCGAGCUUGUUGGCCAAGGUGCUCUAUUUGCACACGGUUACGGACUCGGUAUUCCAGCACAGGAUCCAAGCACGCAGCACUGUUGAUGUGGCUUACAUUCCGUCUACCCCAUGCCAGCUUGCGGGCGGUGUCGGCCGGCCCUGGUCGCCCCGCUGUCGGGCCG